AUGAUAAAAAGAACAUUUUUUGGUUUGUAAUUAAGAGACAAACAGAAAUUUACUUAUAAAGAAGAAAAUGGUUUGCUUUGUUAUACAUUUACUUAAAUAGUAUUAGUUGGUAAAGGUGAAGCAAAGAUUUAUGGACUUUCUAGUAAUAAAAAGAUUUUAAUUGCAUCUUUGAAUGGAAAACAAAACUAAUGUAAAACAAAAUUUAUUAUGGAUGAAAAUAACUUUACUCAUUUAAUAUGUAUUGGAGAUGAGUAAAUUUCUGUAAAUGUGUUAGGAUAUGAAUUAAAUAAAUAGGUAUAGGAAUAAUAGGAAAAUAAUUAACAAGAAAAUUUGGUUUUUAAAGAUGAAUUUAGAGCAUUAUAACCAGUAGAAGAAAGAGAAUUAGACUCAGAUGAAUUUGAAACACUUACUAAGAAGGAAUAGAAAGAAUAUAAAAAAAUAUAAAAGUAAAAAAAAAAAUAUGAAAAAUAAUGAGU